GGGAGAAGCAUUAAUUUAUUUUAUAUUCAAGACGCAUUUUUUAAUAAUACGCAGCUCAUAGUAAUACAAAUUUCGAGUAAUUAGAACAACAGCCCUUUGUAACGAGCUUUUUAAAAAAUAUCCCUUUUUGAUUUGAAAAAUUUCCCUUUGCAACAACAGCUGUCAAACGGGGGAUAUUUGUCGAUGUAUUGGUGUUAACCGUUGAUCGUUAUUUCUUUACAAGAUUUUGAAGCAGCGUGUAACAAAAUGCACCAUGCGAAUUCCUUAAAUUAUGCUGCAAACAAUGUAAAUUCUUGCAAAAGGUUAAAAAUGCUUAAAAAAUAUAAUAACGACCACGCGCUGCGUAAUUUACACGUCCAGAACUCAAUCCAUGCCCGAUAAACGCACCGCCCGUUGCCGUCAUUUUGAAUUGCAUUAUCGUCGUGCUCGCAGCAAGCGUAGCAUCGGUCGGUCCGCUUUAUUUUUGUGCGUUGUUUGUGCCCGGUUCGUUUGUCCUGGUUCGCUUUUUCAUCGUUUUGUGCAAGUUAAUACUGCAAAAGGGUGCAACACUAAACAAAAACGCGCCCAUGGCGAAGGCACGCGAAAUGUAUCUGGCGCUGUGCCUGCUGGACGCAAUCGAGGAUGCCAACAUAGAAGCCCUGCAGCUGGUGCUGGACAAGUACGGUGCGAGCCCAAACACAAUCUUCCCGGAAAAGGGCGUCGCACCGAUGCAUCUGGUCAUUGGUGCGGACGACGAGACGUUUGCGCUGCGGGCCACCUCGCUGAUGCUGCAGCGAGGCGGCAGCGCUAACCUGCCAGCGGCCGAACAGAUGCUCACGCCGCUCCACGUAGCGGCCAACCUCGGACGGGUCGCAAUCGUGCGGCUGCUGCUGAGGGCGGGCGGCAAUGUGGAGCUGCUGGACGAGGAAGACCGUACGCCGAUCCAGCACGCCAUCGAUGGCGAUCACUUCGAGGUGGUGCAGGUCAUACAGAACCACGUCUUCGAGCAAAAGAUCGACCAGAAGCGCAAGCAGCUAAUCAAGCAGCAGCAGCAGGAACAACAACAAACCGUUCUGUCUCCCAGCAUGCGGUUCAAGAAGAGUGUGGCCGGCUUUCUGCCAGCGGUUUCCUCUACCCGGCUGCACCCAAACAGCGCACUAACCGCCCUGCAGGUGCUGGAGGAGCACAAGCUGACGCCGAACAAGUUACACUACAACUUUGACGCCACCAGCCCGUACUACGUGAACAUAACGCACCGACGGAAGGAUCGGUUUAAAACACUCUUCCCAACGGAUGACGUUUCUGCUAAUCGGGAAAACACUGCACCGACCGUUGACGAUGAGUCGCUCGGGUGCGAACCAAUCGCUGCCCGAGAGCGGCGGCAACAGGAAACAGCGCUCGAUAGUACCGAGGAGCUAGGAAGAGAAGAGGGGUUGGUGCAUGAGGUGCCGAGCAGGACCAAUUUGUUCGAACUGACGGAGCGCAAUUUGCGGGAUUUUACAUGCGACAGUGAACCGACGGGCAGGCGAAGAUCGUUCAUCGAGUGCUGGCGUGAGAAGAUAGCGGAACUGCGGGAGCGAACCCGCAUUAGCCGACGGUUGGACGACAUCGAUCGGAUACUGAACAGCUUCUCGGAAAGCACGGUGCUGGAAUCGUUUAUGGACGAGGUGGAGGAAACGUUUGUAACUGCCGCGGACGGAGAGGAGGAACGGUUGAAAACGAGCGACGAAACUGUUGUUUCGGAAAGGGAAGAGUGUCCACAACAAUUUCCGGAAUUAAUUGAACAGAAUGUCCCGGAGGAAAUAGUUCCUACGGCUCAACCACAAUUUAUGGACAUCGUACAAAUAAGCGAAGAAUACAUCCACACGGACGACGAGGCGGGUGUGGUGUUUCGGGAAAAGCGAAUGAUUACCGCACCAUCCACCAUUCCCACCAUUCAGGUAACAUCGGAAAUAGCUGAGCCGGUUUCAAACGACCCGGGAAAGGGUCCACCAUCCACAGCAAGACGGAAUCCGUCGCUUACAAGCCUCUCUACAGCGGUCACGUUACCUCCGCUUGAUUACGACACGGACGCGCUGCGCGCCGAGCUGACCACGUUCGGUGAACCACCCGGCCCGAUAACGAGUAGCACCAAAAAACUGUACUUAAGAAAGCUGGUCAAAUUGCGACGCCAUCCAGAACGAUUGGAGAACGUAAAUGGAGCCAAAGCAAACCCUCAGCCAACUUUCUCCGUCGAGCUGGGCGCAACGGUAAGAAAGGAGGAUGUGUUCGAGGCGAUCCUAGACCAUCAGAGUUUGGAGGACGAGAUGGCUUCCGAAUUCCAGUCCAGCUCCACCACCAAGGUGGCGCGCAACCUGCGCGAGGGACACCUGAAGAAGAGCUUCGUCUAUCUGCUGCUCGAUCCGCGCGUCAGCGAAAAUCUGUCCGCCCAGCGGGACCAUCUAGCGGCACACGAGCUGUGGAAGCGCUUCCUCAGCGCCGUGUUUUACGUCGGAAAGGGUAAAAGCAGCCGCCCGUACUGCCAUCUGUACGAUGCGAUUAAGCUGCACCACCAGCGGGAGAGCGCUGGCUGCGAAAACAUCCGCCGGGAGCAGACGGGUGGGGCAGGUUUUACCGUCGAGGCGGAAGAAAUCAUCUUCCAAUGCAGCGAAGCAAGCAUGGUGGUGGCGGGAGGAAAUAAUCUGCGCAAGCGGGGCCAGUCCGGGAAGGGGCCGGGACGCAAGCAGCAGGCAGUGGACAGUGCGAAGCUAAACCGCAUCAUCGACAUCUGGGCCGCCGGCAAGGGUGUCGUGUGUCUGCACGUGUUCCACAACAUCAUGCCGGCCGAGGCGUACACGCGCGAGGCGGCCAUUAUCGAUGCGUACGGUGUGCAGAACCUGACGAAUCUGAAGCGGGGCGACUACUACGGCAAGUGUCUGUCGUGGCCGAUGAAAAGGCGCAAGCAGCUCGGCAUACUGCUACUGUACAAGGCGUUGCUCAUACACCUGGCGGAAGGCGAAACGCAGCUGCUGCCGAACGAUCUCAUUUGAAAGUUGAACGGGGGGAAGUGUGAUAAAUAAUGCCUGCCCAUUUGUGAUACGCAUGCGCACACUGAUGCUAAAACAUUUACUCGAUCCACCAAACGUGUUCCUUUUUAUUCUUGUGUAAACCAAUAAACUGUUUUAAAUUAUUUUUAUUAUUUUUUAAAAAAAAGCAACUGGCGCUAUUUGAUUAAUGCCAAAAACAGCGAAUCGCGCUGCGUUACACGCAUGUUGACGCAUCGGCGUGUGCGAAUUGUUUAAUUUCCGAAGAAGAAUUACGGUGCAAGAAGCACCACCACCUCAUUACUAAAUCAGUGCGUUCAGUGGUAAUUCAAAAAAAAAAAAAAAAAAGAAGGAAAAGCGCGCCAGAACCGAACCCGCCCAAAACCUCGCAAGCAAGACCGAUUUUGGCGUCCGCGGCCCCCUUAGAGUGGUGUUGCUACCAAAUGUUUCUUCUUUCACCUUCUUCUAGUGCGUGCCAUACGCACUUCUCGCGCCCCCGGGGGGUUCAAAACAAAUAAAUUCACCCAAGCGAAACGGAUCGCCGCAACCAGCAAAGAGAAGUGCGCCAAAAAUCCGACGCCAAAAAUCAAACGCCCAAUCAGUACACCACCACCCCCCAAACAACAACAGCAACAACGGCUCCUCUGCUCAGUAAAUGUAAAAAAUCCUUCCCGGGGCCCGUGUGUUCCCGCCUGCUUUUGGCGGGUUCAUCGGGUUCUGCCGAAUCCUCUCAUCCGUGCACCGCUUCUUCUCUCGCGCUGCAGCAGAAGAGCACGCAAGCGGGAAGAGUUGAGCCGAGGGGGGGAGCCGAGUGUGGGCAAUUUUGUGGCGGGCUCGCACAGUAGGCGUAUUUUGCCGAGACUCUUGCGAGGCGCGCAAAGAAGCGCGUCUAUGUACAUACAGUGUCAGCCGGCAAAUGAGAAAGCACAGGGCACAGCACACGUACGUACACGCAACAAACUCCAGCACCAACCCACCGAGAAAACUACACAACCACCAAAGGGGGCGAGUAAAUAAUUUAUGGUACACGCGUGAUUGUAAAUGUGAUUUUCUGUUCUUUUGAGGGGGUAGAAAGAAAACCCUCCAGAUCCAACAAGAAGCCCGCGACAAGACCGAGACGAUUCUGGCGCGCAAAUUUGCUCAACCGGCCCCGAGUGCGCUUUUCGGGAAGUGGGAAUCAGAUAAGGCACACAUAGGCUUAGAGGGCAUAGAAGGGGUGAUUAUGGUUCAAUUUCAGAACUAGAGUUGUCGUACUUUCAUUUUAAGCCUUCGCAGCGUAUCUAUUCGAUCUCAACGGACGUAGCAGCGCGCGCCCAAUUCAGCAAGAGAGAGGAAUCACAGGCACUGGUCCGAACUUAGAUAACCGAAUUGAUAUCUCUUGGAUAGUUUCUUCCCCCCACUACGUUCUACAAACACCUUUUACGGGUACAUGUAAAUAUGAUAGUGAGGGUCUUGAGCAACAAUUUGCGGAUAUUAUAGGAUGACCAGUGUAAAGGUAAAUUGAGAAUGGGUUAACAACAUUCAACAACAAAUUAAAUCUUUUGCGAACGGUUGGUCUCUAAUGAGCUAUCAUGGGG